AUGGCAGGAAUGACUGGACAGUGGACUGAGAUAACGCCUGCAACGGAAGAAACUCAGAAGAUCUGUGACAUGGUGAAGAGCGACGCAGAGACAAAGUGGACCAAACAGAGCUAUGAAAUAUUUAAGGCCAUUGAAUACAGGGCACAACCAGUGUCAGGAACAAACUUUCUCAUCAAGGUUCAUGCAGGAGGAAGUGAAUACCUCCAUAUUUAUGCCUACCAAAGCUCUCCGACAAGGGGAGAGAUUAAAACUUUACUGAAGAGGGUAGAAAAACACAAAGAAGGAGAUCCUCUGGAGCCCAUCAGACCUUUGAACUGAUGAGAAAACACAUCACCCUGGAGCAUGAGCAUGCUCCAGAUGAGCAUGUUGGGAUGGCUUAAGUUUGACUUUUUCUAUCUGUGUGAUAUUAGUGGUUGUUUUAUAAAGCUAUUUUGUGGCGUGAUUAUCAGUCUGGGUGUAAUAAUAUUUGAGAAAUGUGCUAAAAUAUAAUAAAUAUAGCUAAAACUGC